UGUGAUGUCUUCAGUUCUUUUUUUUUGCCUUCCCUCUCCAGUAGAGAAACUUCACUUUGCUUUUCAACACACUUUUUUAAUCUCUCUGAAAAACCCCGGAUAAGAAUGCACCGCCAACGCGCUGGGAGAUUUCCCCAUAACUGACAGCUCAAGUGUUGAGCUCUUGAGCUUCAUCCAUAUUGGGAGAGUAAUGAUCCACGCCCCAGCUACAAUGGAAUCCAAUCUAUCUUUGCUGUCCUCUUUGAAGGAAGAGUUCAAGCCUGAGGAUUACAUCCAGCCCCAUUACAAAGAGUCUUAUCGGCUGGCCAUUGACUCUCUGGUCAGUGGCGGCAAACAUGUGUAUCAGGAAUUUAUCAAAGCUGAGAAGAUAAUGAGUUUCCUUUCUGAGGACGAAAUCAGCUUCAUCAUCCAGAAUGCGGAGCAGCUACCUGUUUGCGUCCAGCCAGAGGAAGUAGAACGGCCAGCAGACGAGGAGGCCUCUACAGGGACAUACUGGCCCACACACUCAGAUGCCCCUCCACCUGACCUGGACCUGGGAUGGCCCGAGGUUAUUCACAGCAGGCUCCAGACCAACAUUGAUCUGCUCUACCAUCCACCCAGACUAAACAGCUCCACCAUCAAGGAGGUGGUGAGGAAACACAUCCAGGAUGCCAGACAGGUCAUCGCGAUCGCCAUGGACGUAUUUACAGAUGUGGAUAUUUUUAAAGAGGUGGUUGACGCGGCUGUCAAAGGUGUUCCUGUCUACAUCCUCCUGGACCACAAUCAGUUCAAAAGCUUUCUCACUAUGGCAGAAAACCAUGACAUCCAGAUCCAAAAACUCAGGAACAUGAGGGUGCGUACUGUGAAAGGCCAGGAAUACCUCUGUAGGUCAGGUGCCAAGUUCCACGGCGGAAUGGGGCAAAAAUUUCUCAUAGUGGACUGUCACACAGUCUUUUUUGGAUCAUACAGUUUCAUGUGGUCCUUUGAGAAGAUCCACCUCAGUAUGGUUCAGGUCAUAACAGGCAAGCUGGUAGAAUCUUAUGAUGAGGAGUUUCGGACUCUGUACGCCCGCUCCACUAUUCCAGAAGAACUCCAGCCUCAGGAAAUCUCAUCAGAGCGAAGGUUAAAUGGCAAAAUGGAGGGUUACCUUGGUCACCCCACCAAAAUGUUUGAAAGGAGUGACCAAUUAAGGCAUACACUCGAUUCAGUGUACCGACAAACUUGUGAAAGACAACCAGGCUUUAAGAGUACACUGGAUGACCUCCCCAACCCUAUUGCACAUCAAAGUAGAUUCCUUCAAGAAACGACAGAUUUCAACAAAAGGCACAGCUAUGCGGGGGAAAGGCAGGAGCCUUCUUACAUCCCUCACUAUUACAGACAUGGCUCCAGUAACUGGAAUGUGGCAGAACAAAGCAGGCAUUAUGGAGGGAACCACUACUCAAGCACAAUGGAGAACCCCUAUGAAAGCUCCAGGGUGAACAUGAUGAACAGGAACACUAACUUGCGCCAGUCCUACCAUGGACAUGACAAACAAGUUCUCUCAAUGCAGCAGAACCUACCAAGCUUGGCAAAUGCAUCCAAAUCCUUCCUGCGCACCUGGAGGAUAGAGUCCUACCUAAAUAACAGUGAAGUACCUAUUGGAGAGUCCUAUGACUAUCUGGACCCAUAUGAGCUGGAGAACAAGCCUCCUCCUGCAUUGCAUUCUCGUCUUAGGUCAUCUCUGGUUUUCAAGUCCACCAUACCGGAGCAUCCAGAAACCAAUAGUUACACAAACGGGUCCUCAUCCUCCAUACGCCAUGAAGAUCAGUUUGGAAUGCGGCCUGGGGCACAGUACUACUCCUCGUCACAAUGGAAUCAAUCAGGGUUGACGGACAAUCGUGACGAAUUUAUGAUGAAGAGACGGAGUAUUCAGAUUCUAGACCCCUCAGGAAACAACACCUACACCUCAGGAAGAGACACGAUAUAUGCAAGCCUUGGCAGGGCUAAAAGUCGAAUCCUGGCUAAGGACCCUGAGCAAGAGAACUUGUACAAGAGGCACAGUGUGGCAGACCCUAGAUAUAAUUCAUACAGCAGUAAUGUUAAUGAGUCCUCCAGUCACAUGUAUGGAUUUCUGUCAAGAAGACAAACAGAGAGGAGCACAGCAGGAGAAAAUUCGAGAGGCAGAGAGUAUUCCCAAAAUCUCAAGGAGGACCAGAGAUCCGUCUCUCAUCAUGACUUCAAAAGGGCUGAGAGCAAAGACCCACCACGUACAAUCUGGCAAGAACCUCCCUCCAGGACUGUUUCGGCAACUGUUCUUGAAGUGGAGGACAAAGAACAGAGUAGUCUUAAUGGCAUGUCGUCUCCACGAUUCUUCAAAAAGAGCACGAAGAAAAUAAAGUCACUUCUAAACAUUCCUGAAAGGAGGGAGGGCUCACCAAAAAGAAAGAAUAUUUCAAGCACUAAAGUAGGUGGCAGUUCUGACACCAUUCUUUCUGAUGAUGGGGAGCCGAAAGCACAACAGGACUGCACAACCAUUUCUAUGAAAUCCAUUGACAGCAGCAAGAUGAAAAGGGCAAAUGGGGGGCUCUCUGGAAAUGUGAACCAUGCUGCAGUGUUCUCUGGAGAAUUAUCUGCCCCUCGUUUUGGUACAGAGGAUCUCCAUGGCUCCUCAGUAGGUGAUGGGACUGUGAAAACAGCAGGACAGCUUUAUACAAAAGCUACAAAUGAGAGAUCAGCAAAUGAGAGAUCAGCACGAGGAACAAGUCAGUGGCAGAGAGAUCACCCUGGCCCAAGCAGAUUAUACAGCAGAUUUGAGCCUCUUUGCACCUUUGAGACUAAACGUACUUCAGGCCAGGGCACUACUCUGUCUGCAAAUAACCAUACAGUAGAGAAACAAAGAAGUUCUUACAUUACGAGAGGAAGUUCGAGCACUGAGCAGAGCAAUCAUAUACUUCCACAGACACAAUCUCAAGACAAUAAAUUUGGCCGUUUUAUACAAAGGAUGGGAAAUUUGAUAAACAAGAAUAAGUGACAAUGGACAUCCCUGCCAAUAACAGACAAUACAGUUGCACACUUGGAUGUUUCCAAGUUGCUAAUGCCAUUGAUGAACUUGACACUUCAGUGUACAAAGUUACGCUUAAAACUUUAAGACUUUGUGACACAAAGUAGGGAAAUCUCUCACUGGCUCUAGAAAUAAAUAACGUUUGAGUUGUUACACAAUGUUGUUGUAAGUUGGGUUCUCAUUUGAAAUAGAAAAAGUCUGAGCCUUGGCUGGGCAUACACUACACUAUUCUUUGCUGGAUUUUAAGCCCUAUUCGCCCAUUACAACAAAUUUUCACCGGCAGAAGCAAUUUUCCAGGUUUGGAGCUCAGUCAGAAGUGAUAAUCUGGUGGUGUGAGAGGAGAAAAGAGUGAAUCUUUAGCCCUCCAAUCAAACUCUGAAGUGAUCAAAGCCGCUCUCAUAUUAUCAAACAUGUUUGAUAUUAUAACUCAACAUGUUCUUGAGGCCUGCUGUAUGAGACAGUCAGAGAUUUACUGAAUGAGUGAUUCAAACAACAGCCAAUCAGAGAGCUGGAAGAGUGUAGAAACAAGUUUCGUACAAGAACAGCAGAGUGCAGACAGAGGAAGCAUGUGUAAGACACAGGCAAAUAAGAGCCAACAUCAUGUUUAUAAUGUUGGAUCCAGAUGUCAGCUGUCAGUUUGUAGUGAAGGUCCAGUAAAUUCAGCUGUUUGUGUUGUGUUAUUUGAGGAGAUCUGGGAGUUUGAGUUUUUAUUCAUAGCUAAAACUCUCUCUUUGCUCUGUCAUCUAGUCUGAGUGCCCUCACAACGAAAAGACAAGAAAUUCUAUGACAAACUGACAUUAAGUUUAUGAUGUUCUCCAGUUUAGAAAUCUGUUAAGAUUUAAAAGUCGUAUAGUGAAUGCCCAGCCUUACCCAACUAAUCCACUAUGUUACUACACUACACGGGAAAAUAACUGCUAGUUUUUAAACUGCUAUAUUAAGUAAUAAAGUGCAAUAUUUUAUAUUGUACUCAUCUCAAAGUAUGAGAUUGACGGGUGCAUGCUGACUGUGGAUUUGGAUGUCAGUGUUUUUAUGUUGUACCAUGUUUUUUACAAUGUUUUUCUUUACCUCAUGUGCAAAAUGUUACUGUUCUUUAUUAAUCGGUUGUGGGAGGAUUUCAUUGUAAGACAGGUCCCAUUUACACCUGGCAUUAAUGUACUUUGCGGGUGAUCUGAUCAUAAGUGGACAAUAGAGGGUGUUACGGUUUGACAUUUCAUAUGAUUACCUGGCACAAAUAUUGUGCAAAAAUAUUAAGACACAUGAACAUUUAAGUAAAAACUUUGAAUAAACCACUUGAAUAAUGCCUCACACAAGCCUUUAACAUGUUACAUGGAUAUAUCCUUGAACAUUAGUUUUUUCUUUUUUUCAAUUAUUUUAUUCUUUGAAUAGAAUAUUUUUAUUAAAAAUCGUAAAAAAAUGUGCUUCACUUUGUUGGGAAUGAGCAUGCAAAAAGAAACAAAAAAAAAAGAAUCUCAAGCACAUUUAAAUUGCUGCUAUACAUAGAAGAAUCAAUUAUAUAAUGUUUUUCUGAGAUAUUUGUAGGCCACUGUGUUGUUUAACCCCUUAAAAUCCAAGGCUUAUUACAUCAUAAGGCUUAUUAUACAGUAACUGCAGGGAAUUCAAUGAAAACUGGCUGAGCUAUUCUUAGAUUAUAGAAGUGUGUAAUAAACUUUGGGCCUGCCGGUGGGCACUGGCCAAAGAAGGUUAAGGUACUAGAACCUGUAGAUGGGAACAGACUGAAAUGCAUUUUAACUGAUACUUUGAACAAGCCAACAGUGAGGUAACGAUCCAAUCAUGAGCCACGACUGACCAUGAAAUCACAACACAGUAACAGCCGUAGUGGGCAGUGCUAGGUGCAGAUGUGACAUGUCAAGGAUAUGUCCGCAUAACAUUUAUAAAGUAAACACUAAAGCGUCAUAUUGUGCCCCUGUCCCUGCGAUGAAGGACCUCUUAAUCACCUGCCAAGCUCCAUUCAUUUCCUCUCUCCUUCAGGUCACAUGGAUUUGGUAAGCAACAGCCCACAUAGUUACUUUAAGAAGAACCUGAAGCACUUGUUUGUUUGACAAGAAGCGAGAGAUUGACAAAUAGAUGUGGGCGACGCCAAGGGAUAUGGAAAGUGGGGCUGCAGCACACCUAGAUUUUGGAAUUGUUAAACUGCGACUGCUAAAAUCAGUUAAGAAAAAUAACAAUAUAGAACAGAACUUAUAUAUUUUUUCUUUCUGUAGGGUAAAUUCUGGACUUUACUUUUGUUUUAUUUCUGUAUGUCCAAAAUCUGCAGUGAUUCAAUUACUUUGGCCUUUUUUGCUGUGUUAAUUGUGCUGCCCCUGAAAUACAAGCAAGAGUUGUAGGUAAAUUCUGAGGCAAGCCUAACAUUGUUUUAACCCCUUAAAAUCCCAGUCUAAUUACAUACUAAGGCUUAUUAUUUUGUAACUACAGGGACAGCUGAGCUGCUCUUAGUUUAGAAGUGUGUAAUAAAACUUUGUCAGUGAGUCCUGGACAUUUAUAGGGUUAAAAUCAUAAUGUUUCAACCAACAUAGUUAUCUCCCUCUCUCAUCUGUUUUUCAAAUAGUGCAGGGGUCGGCAACAUGCGACUCUUUUACUCCCCUGUUGUGGCAGUAAAAAGCAGCAGAAUUAGAUUAGUAGGUAAAAAUAAUAUAAUCCUCCUUGCAUCAUGUGCAUAAUUUACUGCACAUCCCUGCAGUAAAUUAAAGAUCUGCCGAUCAUUCAACUCAGUUUAACAAUAAAUGGUCUUAAAUGCUGGAGUUACUGCCAAUUCAUUCUUAAACCCUGAAGA